GGCAGGGGUCGGCGGGGGGAGCAGCCCAGACCAGGGCCAGUGGGGACGGCGGAAACGGACCGGGCCCCGCACCUAGACCCUUGCUGGGGCUGAGGGAUGGAACUAGCCACGUUGCAGCCGCCCUCGUCCGAGCGCAGCCCCGCAGCGUCUCCCCUCCCGCACCCGGCGGCGCCCCGCGUGGGCCAGAGGAACCGUGGGCGAUAGCCAAGGCGCUGGUCCCACUGCAGCCGGCGGGAGAUUUAAACAGCUGCAGGGAGAGAAGCUGGCCCGGCGUACUCGCCCCUCAGUCUUGGCCCUCCGCCUGUAGAAGAGCUCUGUGGCGCUGGGAAGCGUGUCACUGAGAAGCCGAGGACCAGCAGGAAGUACUGCCUCCCCCGCCUUGUCACUCUCGUCUGCUGGCCCUGGGGCUACAGUAACCUGAACAGUCUGGGCUGAUGUGAGGUGCGUCCGAGGGAGGCUACAGUUCCCAGCAUGUCCUGCUCUGUUUCCGGCCAGACAACAGAUGGUCUGCGCUUGGAUCCACAUGUGCUGGGAUGUGUGCCCUGCCUUGGAGAGAACAGAUGUUUUUAACCAUCUUACCAAUUGUUUUGAGGUCUGUCAAUAAAUUGAAUAAAUAACAAUCAACAGUCUUUGCUUCAAUAAAUGAAUCAGCUUCAAUUAAAUCCAAGUAAAUUUCUAAUUUCUACAGUGUAUUUCUGAUGUAAUGAGCAAUGCUGAUUGUGUCAUACGUUUAAGUAGUUAACUGUCGUUUUGAAGCAUAUUCUUGUGCUAGUUUCUAUAGAUCAUGGUUACUUUUGGCCAACCAGGUUGCAAAAACAUUUUUUCCUAGUUUAAGAUGUGUGCUUGCACACAAGUAAUCUGGUGAUAUAUAUUAUUUUGGAAAACAGUGGUUUAUGUAAAGGUAUUAUAAUGCAUACAAUGGAGUGAUAACUAUUAGCACUGGAAGUUUGUGGCUUUGGUUACAAAAAUAUAUUCCCUCUGUAUUUUAAAGGAUAAUGCCAACUCAAUAGUGCUAACAAUUCCAUAAACAAUAAUUUUCUCCUUGUCCCCUGUCAAUUUUUGUGGUUUUAAAAUCACGUUUUUCCUGGUUUUUCCAAACUAUUACUGUGUAAUAUGUGGAAAGAUCCACAUACACCAAAUGGUGGCAAAUUCACAAAUAAAACAAACUGAAGAACUAGAAAUAUUUUUUCUCAUUAAUCUAAGAGAAAGCUCUUUUUGUUUUAGUGAUCGUAGGUAUUAUUUGUAACAGUAAGUUUAAAAAGAAAAUAUGGAAGUGUUCCUCUGCCAUGUUCAUAAAAAUAUGUUGUUAGAUGAAAAACAGGCAAAAGCCUGUGCAUGGGACUGAGGAUGUGCCUCAUAAUAUUUCUCUCACUAUAUAAGUCAAUGCCUAGGCAUGACAGAGAAAGUUUUGUUGUCCUUCCUUUAGUAAAUUUUAGUUAGACCUCUCCUCUAACAUUGGGUCUGUUUCUGCAGCCUUGAAAUCAGUCAGAAUAUGCCACUUAUUUGAUAUAUUUAUGUAAUGUUUUGUGGUGGAUGUUUGUUUACAGUUAAUAUAAAUUGCCUGGGAGUGGAAUUAUAAUCUACAGGAAAACUCCAGCAGUUAUUUGACAAUAAUUAUAUCAACUCUUAAGUUUUCUUGUUUGUUUCCUUCAAACUCAUGCAGAAUUUCAGCUUGAUGACAUUGAACUUAUAUGGACAAUUAUGAUUAAAAAAUAACUGAAUUUGUGCAGUUAUAAACAUAUAGAAGAGUUUGUCAUCAAAUGUUUGGAAGUAGGAUCUGUGUAAUCUUCUUAACAUGCCCACACACGUAAUAAGUUCUGCAAAGAGAACACAUAGAAGCAAGGCCUCUACCCCAUUCACAAUCCACUUUGGGGACUGAAUAUUAUGUAUUUAAAAUGACCCUUCAGGAGAUGGUGCAUCAGGCAGCCAGCCUGUAUUCUGAUAGAAAAGCAGUAUGUUUUGAUGAAUAUAAUGAUAAACCUUCAGUUUUCUACACUUACAAGGAGGUUGUUAGUCUUGCCACAGAAUUAACAGUUUUCCUGCAAAACUACUGUGACCAAAGAGGAAGGUUUGCAAUAGGCCUUUACUGCUAUCCUGGAAUAAAUUUACCAUCUUGGAUUUUAGGGAUCCUCCAAGUUCCAGCUGCAUAUUCUCCUCUUGAUCCAGAUGCACCACCAGUGUUAUCUAACUAUUUUAUGAAGAAGUGUAACCUCCAGUAUAUCCUUGUUGAGAAUGACAAAAUAAAUAAAUUCAAACUAUCCCAUGCUGGCUGGUUUUACCAGAGUUCUUUUGCAAUAGAUGAUGUUGGUUUAACUCUUUUCCAAAUUAAUUGGAAUGAUGUUGAUGUAAAUCUGCUGUUAGAUGGCACAGAAGACAAAAAUGGAAUCUCCAGAGCUGCAAGUGAUUGGAAGACAGAUUACAUAGCUGACCUGGACCAACUUAAAUCAGAGACAUCACAAAGGGGGUACAUGGAUGUCAGGCAGCAAUAUUCUUUGGCAUACAUCUUACGUACAUCAGGAACUACAGGGAUCCCCAAAAUAGUCAGAGUACCUCAUAAAUGUAUUGUGCCAAAUAUUCUUCAUCUUCAAUCACUAUUUAAGAUCACACCACAUGAUAUGCUGUUCCUGGCCUCACCUCUGACGUUUGAUCCAUCUGUAGUUGAGUUGUUCGUUGCUCUGACAAGUGGAGCCUCUCUGCUUAUAGUACCAAACCCCAUAAAAAUGAUGCCUCUGAAGUUGUCUGCCACUCUUUUUCACCGUCACAGGGUGACAGUAUUGCAGGCAACACCAACAUUUCUCAGAGGAUUUGGAGCUCAACUUAUUAAGUCAACUGUGUUGUCUACCAGUACUUCACUCCGUGUCUUAGCCCUUGGUGGAGAAGCAUUUCCUGCACUGAAUGUCUUGAGAAGCUGGAAGGGAAGGGAAAACAAAACACAUGUUUUUAAUCUCUAUGGCAUUACAGAAGUAUCAAGCUGGGCCACAUGCUACAGGAUUCCAGACGAAGUUCUUAGCUCUGAUCUUCGAUUUGAUUCCCCUGUACCACUGGGAUCACCACUGCUUGGAACAACAAUUGAAGUCAGAGAUGCCACUGGUUCUGCAGUUCUAGAUGGAGAGGGACAAGUUUUCAUAGGUGGUAAAGAACGAAUCUGCUUCCUUGAUGAUGAAGUAACUGUCCCUUUGAACACGAUGAGAGAAACAGGGGACUUUGUGAGAGUGAAGGAUGCAGAGAUGUUUUUCUUAGGACGGAAGGACAAUCAGAUUAAACGUCAUGGCAAACGUCUUAAUAUUGACUAUGUACAGCAGGCUGCUGAAGGUCUUUGUCAUGUGGAAGCCUGUGCAGUGACAUGGUAUCGACAGGAAAAGUUAAUCUUGUUUGUUGUACCUAAAGACAACUUAGCAGGAGACAUUCUUAAGGAACUCCAGAAACAUCUCCCAACCUACGCAAUCCCUGAUGAACUUGUGCUGAUAGAAACUUUGCCCUUCACAUUGCAUGGCAAAAUUGAUGUUUCUGAGCUGUGCAAGAUUUACAGUAAUCAUCUAAAUUCCAGAAGGCAUGACAGUAAACUGAGCGGAGCAGAGGAAUUGUGGGAAAGAUUGCAGUAUUUAUGGAAGUCUCUCCUGAGUCUUCCAGAUGAUUCACCCAGCAUUUCCAAAGAUUCACUGUUUCUGUGCAGUGGUGGAGAUUCCUUGAAGUCACUACGGUUUCAUGAUGAGAUUGAGAGUUUGGCAGGCAAGGCCAUUCCUGGGCUCCUGGAAGUUAUUCUCAGCAGCUCCGUUGCUGAGGUUUACCAACAUGUUCUUAAAGCUAUAUUCCCAAGUGAGGACCAAAUAAUGAAUCAUAACACUGUGAAAAGAAAACUGAAUGAGAGCAGCGGAGAGAAAUUCCAUGGAGAACACACAAAACCAAAAUCUAGAAGGUACUUUAAUGCUGCUGCAGGAUUGACUGCAUUUAUUGCGCUAAACCGAGGAAAUCGGAUGUUGUCGAUGACUUCCUCUGAGUCUCUUAUGAGCCCAUAUAAUGCAGAACAGGCAGGAACAGAGUUAAGACAACAAGCAUCUUAUUCAUCUGCUGUAACUUCUAAUACAAUGAAAUAUGAAGUGACAGAGAAUAAAUCUGGAAAGAGCAGAAGCAGUCCAGAAAUUGCAAGCAAAGCAAAUGAAACAGGUACUCAUUCUGUAGAACAAGCUCCUUCAAAAAUGCCUGAGAAGCUGAUAUUACAUGUAAGAUGGAAGUCAAAUAUGAGCAAAUGUGUAGAUGCCUCCCCAUUAGUUAUAACACCAGCCAUGGAUGAUUUAUCUGCAACUGUAUAUGUUGGGUCUCAUUCUCACACAAUGCAGGCAAUUGAUUUACACUCAGGAAAAAUCAAGUGGGAGACAAUCCUUGGAGAUCGUAUUGAAUCCUCUGCAUGUGUGUCUAAGUGUGGCAACUUCAUUAUUGUUGGCUGCUAUAAUGGUUUAGUAUAUGUACUCAGAAGCCAUAAUGGGGAAAUACACUGUAUCUUUACUGCUGAAGAUGCUGUGAAAAGCUCUGCAGUUGUGCAUCCUUCCACUGGACUAGUCUACAUUGGAUCGCAUGACCAGCAUAUAUACGCUUUGGAUAUUUAUAAAGAGGAGCGUGUCUGGAAGCUGCACUGUGAAGGUGGUGCUGUGUUUUCGUCUCCUUAUCUAAGUAUCUUGCCAGAUCACCUGUAUGCUGCUACACUAGGAGGACUUUUAUUGGCUAUAAAUCCAGAUACGGGUAAUAAGAUCUGGAAAAGUUCCUGUGGAAAACCCCUCUUCUCCUCUCCUCACUGCAGUGAGCAGUAUGUGUGCAUUGGAUGUGUGGAUGGAAAUGUGUACUGUUUUAGCCACUCAGGAGAAAAGGUUUGGCAGUUUUCCACCAGUGGACCAGUCUUUUCAUCCCCAUGUAUCUCAAGUUUCACUAAGCAAGAAAUAUAUUUUGGCUCCCAUGACUGCUUUAUCUACUGCUGUAAUAUAGAAGGUAAUUUACUGUGGAAAUUUGAAACCACUUCAAGUGUAUAUGCAACUCCCUUUGUUUUCCAUAGUCAUGACUUGGAGAGUGAAACGCUGCUGGCAGCAACAUCCACAGAUGGUACAGUGUGGAUCCUGAAUGCUAAGAAUGGAUUGGUAGUGGGUGUCGAUAAACUUCCGGGAGAAGUAUUCUCUUCCCCUGUAGUAUGUGGAUCAAGGCUCGUUGUUGGCUGUAGAAAUGAUUAUGUUUAUUGCCUAGAUUUGUGUAUCGCUGAGAAAACAAGAACUACUAGGAUGUGUUAAUCUGCUUCAUCUCUAGUGUUUAUACUUGGAUGUUAAGAACAUCCUUGAAUUGUACUUUAAAGCACCCAGGCCUGUAGGUGCUGCUCUUAGCCCAUUCUACUUUUGUAAAAUUUAUCAUGUUUGCAAACUUACGUUAGUUAACAAUUUUGCACCAACAGGCAUGUCUAUGCUGCAAUAAAAGACCUGUGGCAGUGAGUCUCAGAACCUGGAUCAACUGACUUAGACUUGUGCUGUGGGGCUAGAAAGAGCUCUUUUCAGUCCCGUAGCAGGAGCUUGAGUCAGUUGACCCUGGGCUCUGAGACUCGCUGCUGCAGGUUUGUUGUUGCAGAGUCAAUGUACCAGUUUUCUUGUCUGGACUAGGAAAAAUGUGUGGUUUUCUUUUAAAAUUUUGCCUAUGUGCUGUUCAAAACAUGAUAGUGCUUAAUGGCAACAGUGUGUAAUACUUUUUAAAAAAGUUAUGUGGUCAUGGUCCCCCCAGUCAUGACCUCUGAACACAUUUUUAAGGUGUUAGUGUCUACACUAGGUAAACAUUGGUGCUAGCUAACAUGUUUUCCAGAGUCAAGCUAUUUUCUUAAUCAAGAGAGGGCAAUUGACUUAAUGAUUGCUUAGCAUCACGUGUCUGAUUUAAGCUGAAUUUUGAUGAAAAAUAAAUGUGUUCACUCUGACAUAACUGUUUCUGGCAAUUUAUAUUGAAUUUUGUGCCAUACGUCAUGUCUAGCAUGGAUAUUUGCAUGUCUGUUGGGUCUCAAGUUUUCUAGUAUUUGGUUUGGAAAUUUAGCCUUCUUACAGAAUGUGUAUUAACAUAUUUUGUAAAUAAAUAACUGUGCCUCAGUGUGCCUACUGCACAUGCAUAGACUGAGGUGCUCUGCCCCUCUCGCACCUUACCCUUGAGGUUGCUAUCUGUUGUGG